AAAUUUCUGAAAUUCAAGAGCAUCAUAACAUUGAGAUUAGACACAUACAAAAAAUCCAUGAUUUAUAGAAGAAAUUUAAUAAAUUAAAUUGAAGCUUUUUUCAAAUAAUCUUAUCAAUUGGCGGAUCAGUCUCUUAGCAAGAGACGGACUCACACUAUAAAUUUACGCAUCAAAACAAACACUACAAAAAUUAUAAAAUAAAAAAUGUUUUUGAAAAAAUUUCCAAAAAUAUUAAUAUUAAAGUUUGUACUAAUAACUGCGUUGGCCGAUGGCGGUUAUCAUCAUGGAUUAUCCACCCAUACAGAUUGUUUAACCCCUGAACAUGUUCGAGGUUCAUGUGUGCCCUCCGCUAAAUGUCGCCGCAUUGAAUGGAUGUUGGAAAAUUGGUCGGCACCUUAUCCCGAACAUAUUGUUAGCUAUAUACGACAAAUUCAUUGUGGAACUCAAGGAGAUAUACACUUCAAUUGUUGUGCUUUUUACGAUAUUAAGGGUCACAUACACCCGCCUACACAAAACGCAAAUACACCCACUACAGCUACACCUCCAGUACACAAUCUUCAUCAUCCUUUUCACUCGGGUCAGAGUCAACAUUUAUAUAAUCUACCUUCAAAUAAUUUACCAUUUCAACAUCGUCCCACUGCCAAUUAUAUACGACAACCUUUAGGUGAACGUAUUUUACGCUCUAUGGCCUGUGGUUCCAUUAAUGGUGAUCGUAUAUCGAAUGGUGAAAUCGUUAGAUUAUCAGAAUUUCCUUGGAUGGUUUUACUCGAAACUCGGGGUGUUAAAUCACGAGAAAGAUUUCGUUGUUCGGGUACUUUGAUAACAAAUCAAUAUGUAUUAACGGCGGGUCACUGUGCCGAUGCGAAAAAUGAUAUAAUCUCUGUACGUUUGGGCGAACACGAUCUGAAAUCCGAACAUGAUUGUGAACAUCACAAAAAACCCCAUGUAGUUUCCUAUUGUGCUCCUCCCUAUGAAGAUGUAGACAUUGAAACUAUUAUUUUACAUCCUGAAUAUAAUGCCAAUACUUUAGACAAUGAUAUUGCCCUAAUAAGAUUGGUAAGACCGGUGGAAUUUCAAAGUCAUAUUAAACCGGUAUGUUUACCCAUUGAUGCUCGAAUUAAUAAUGAAAUACCCACCGAACAAAUUGUAGCCGGUUGGGGAGUUACAGAAAAAGGUUAUGCCUCUGAAAUUUUACUGAAAGCCUCUUUGCCGCUACAAACCUUGGCGGUUUGUCAAAAUAUCUAUCAACAAAAUCCUGCUCUCACUGAGGAAAAACUAUGUGCUGGUGGUGUCGAUAAACGUAGCACCUGUAGAGCUGAUUCUGGUGGCCCUUUAUUCACUGCCGUUCCUUAUGAACACUAUCAACGGCGUUAUGUACAAUUUGGCAUUACCUCGGCAGGAAGUAAGGCCUGUGGCGGUAGACAUAAUUUGCCGGGCAUCUAUACAAAUGUGAGAACAUUUAUACCUUGGAUAAUAAGUAAUAUUUAUUAAAAAAAAGUUUAUAAUUUGUUUUUAAUAUUAACAGCGCAUGUAUAAAUUAUUGUUAUUACAGCAUUUUACUAUUGAAAAUAAAUUGUUUAUUAAACAAUUACAA